AAGUUGCUUGUCUCUCGGCUUUCUCUCCUCGACCAGACAAGGUGUGUGCCGCGCGCUGUUCGUCGUGUGCUCCCGUAUUUGAUUUUGCUCUGCACACUCACACACACACAUACUUUAAACGCGACAACCCGUCCCCUGUUCGAAGUGGAAAAAAAGCCCUUAGCCGUGAGAAAACCGUGAAAGUUUUGAAAUUUUCGUUGAAUUUCAAACGUGUGACCGCUCCGCGAAGUGAAAUCCGUGAAAGUUUGGGGAAUCGGUCGAGCAAGCGAGAAGUUGAAAGGUAAAAUUUUCACCUCACCGACGGCCAUCUUUUUUUUCCUUCCGUGUGUUGGGGCCCCAAAGCGGAGCGCUAGGCGACGAACUCGAGUCGGAUUUUCGCUGCACUUUUCAACGUUGGAAGUUGGAACGAGAGAGAGGGAGAGAUACAGCUUGCGCAGCUGUAAAGAGGAACUAAUAAAGUGCAGAAAUAGAGUUAGCACAAGCAACUAAACUUCAACUUGGAACGCAGCGAUUUUGCGAGAGAGCGGCAACACCUUAAAAAAGAGCACACACACACACAAGGGUCGAUUUUCCAGCUCAGGAGGAGAAAGCUAGAGAAGAUUUACUCGGGGUCAAACGCACCACACUAAAAAAAGAACGAGAAAAUGUAUGACAACGAGGCAGUAUGCACCGCCGCAGCAUCGGGAAUCGUGAUGCAAUUCCAAGGCAACGGCCAGCCCCACCCCGGCGGAUACCGGCCCCGCACUGACAAGCCAGACUUUUACAAUGGCGGAGCGGGCGGUGCCGGUGGCCCCGGAGGCAAGCCGCACUACAUGAACAAGCCCGGCGGUGGCCCCCCGUCGAUUCCGCCCUUCAACCCGAACGGAUUCGGAGGACCCAAGCCGAUGUACGGCAACGGGCCGAACGGAGCGAACGCCGGAGGGGCGCCGGGUGGCGGCGGAUUCAACAAGUUCCGCAGCAACAACUUUGGCGGACCGGGCGGCGUUGGCAUGGGCGGUGGAAUGAUCCCGAAGAAGGACUUUGGUGGACCGAAGCUGUACGGAGGACCUUCGUUCCCGGGCAACGGCAAUCCGCGCUUCGAUAAGCCGAUGGAUUCGUUUGGCGGUCCGAAGAAGUACAACCCGAUGCCGAACUCGUACGGAGGCGGCAUGCGUAACAGUUACGGCCCCAAGCCGGACUACAACAACCUGACGAAGGAGGACCGCGCCAAGGUGCAGUCGCUGAAGGCCAAGUUCCCCGGCCAGACGCUGACGAAGCCCAUGUGGGAGAACCUGGAACCGUUCGAGAAGGACUUUUACGUGCCCCACCCGAGCGUGAUGGCCCGUUCCGUCGACGAGGUUCAGCUGUUCCGCGAGAACAUGCAGGUCACCGUCAUGGGCAACACCGUGCCCCACCCCACGCAGACCUUCGACGAGGGCAACUUCCCCGAGUUCGUCAUUAACGAAAUCAACAAGCAGGGCUUCCCCUCGCCGACCGCCAUCCAGGCCCAGGGCUGGCCCAUUGCGCUGUCCGGCCGCGACAUGGUCGGCAUCGCCCAAACCGGCUCGGGUAAAACCCUGGCGUACAUGCUUCCCGCAAUCGUGCACAUCGCACACCAGAAGCCACUGCAGCGCGGCGAUGGUCCGAUCGUGCUGGUGCUGGCCCCAACCCGCGAGCUCGCCCAGCAGAUUCAGACCGUGGUGCGUGACUUUGGCACGCACUCGAAGCCGAACAUCCGCUACACGUGCAUCUUUGGCGGCGCGCUGAAGGGACCGCAGGUUCGCGACUUGGAGCGCGGUGUUGAGGUGGUGAUUGCGACGCCCGGGCGGUUGAUCGAUUUCCUGGAGCGUGGCAUCACGAACCUGCGCCGCUGCACGUACCUGGUGCUCGACGAGGCCGACCGGAUGCUGGACAUGGGCUUCGAGCCGCAGAUUCGCAAGAUCAUCGAGCAGAUCCGGCCGGAUCGGCAGGUGCUGAUGUGGAGUGCGACGUGGCCGAAGGAGGUGCAGGCGUUGGCGGAGGACUUUUUGCACGACUACAUCCAGAUCAACGUGGGCUCGCUGAACCUUUCGGCGAACCACAACAUCCACCAGAUCGUGGACAUUUGCGAGGAGAACGAGAAGGAGGGCAAGCUGCUGUCGCUGCUGAAGGAGAUCGCGAGCGACGUCAACAACAAGAUCAUCAUCUUUGUCGAGACGAAGAAGAAGGUCGAGGAUCUGCUGAAGAACAUCGUGCGGGAUGGGUACGGCGCGACGUCGAUCCACGGUGACAAGUCGCAGUCGGAGCGUGACUACGUGCUACAGGACUUCCGGCACGGCAAGAGCACCAUUCUGGUGGCGACCGACGUUGCGGCGCGUGGUUUGGACGUGGAGGAUGUCAAGUACGUGAUCAACUUUGACUACCCGAACUCGUCGGAGGAUUACAUCCAUCGUAUUGGCCGCACGGGGCGUUGCUCGUCGUUCGGAACGGCGUACACGUUCUUCACGCCCGGAAACGGUCGUCAGGCGCGCGAGCUGUUGUCGGUGCUGGAAGAGGCCGGACAGCAGCCCACGCCGGAGCUGAUCAGCAUGGCCAAGUCGAUGCCCGGAGGAAAGGGAGGUCGCAGCCGGUACAACGUGCGUGGUGCGUUGACCUCGGGUGGAUACGGUCGCAUGGACCAGGGUGGAUUCGGUGGACCGCGAGGAGGUGGUGGCUUCCAGAAGAAGCCGUUCGAGAACCGCUUCGGAGGACCGCCCGGAGGCAUGGGAGGAAACCGGUUCGGCAGUGGCCCGAACGGACCGAACAAGUUUGGAGGCGCCGGAGGUGGCUACCGCGGAGCUGACAGCUGGAACAAGAACGGCGCCGGAGGCUACCAACAGCAGCAGCCGUACCAAGCCCAGAAUCCGCAAUCCGGUGGACAGCAACAGCAGCUGUACGAACCGCACCAGCAGAUGCGUUACCAGCCGAAGAACAUGUACCAGAACCAGUACGAGGACUUCUCCAACCAGAUGGUGGGCGGUGCCCCGCAGGCCUUCAACGGUCACCAGGGCACACGCUUCUACCAGGGUAAGCCGCACCAGGGCCAAGGUGGUCUGCAGCAAACGCAGCCGGGUGGCCCCGGAGGUCGGUACCAGCCGAACAACCAGUACGGCGCCGACCCCAAAUCAGCCGGUGGACGUCCCCCCUACCAACCCAAGCAGCAGCAGUACAACAAUAGCUACGCUGCAGCAGGUACGGCCGCGGCCUACCCGGCUCAGCUUGCGGCGGCGGCUGCCGCUGCUGCUGCGGCCGUUGGCGGAGGCCAGACCAUUCCGGCGGCCGGAUUCGCCACCGGGUUCGAUCCGCUGGCCGGAGUGCAGGGCGCGAUGGGCACGUUCGCCUCGUCGUACCAAAUCCCUGCCGCGGCAGCGUACUACUCGUACCCGGCCGCAGCCGCCCCUCCACCACCCCCGCAAACCCAAACCCCGCAGGUCGUGCCACCGGUUCAGCACGUCGACGCAACAACGGGUGGUGCAGGGUACUAAGGUCCGACAGCCGGACAGGACGAAACAACCACUCUUUUUGUUUUCUGUGUUUGAUUGGAUGGAGAGAGAGAAUGAAACACAAACCCCCCCAAUUUUUUUCCUGUUUGAGCCACGAGCUCUGGCAGUUCGAUUUAUAUCCUAGUUUAAA